AUGGAGAUUCAUCGGGAUAGAACUACAGGGAGGUUGUGGUUAUCUCAGGACGGUUAUAUGGAGAAAGUAUUGGAAAGGUUUAACAUGACUGAUGCUAAACCGGAAAUACUUAGAUUCGAUAAUCAUAGAUCAAAGGUAUGUGUUAGGGUUGCAGAACAAACUUUAACGCACUGUUUCGGGGCUCUCCCGACUGGACGACUCUCAUAUCUCUGCUCUCCCAAACUCCCCUCACUGACGGUGGCUGUGCGUCCAUUCGCCCCACCUCGGCACCUCCAGUCCGGCGUCUGGCGACUUCGGCGACUCCGGCCUUCCCGUCUAGGGUCUACCUACGAGGCUCCGUCAGUACGUUCCCGUCCCGGCGUCCCGUCAGCACAGGAGCCUAAAUCAAUCCAGAUGAAGUUUCUAGAUUGGUACUUGAAGAUUUCACUUGUGUCGGCCAUGGUUGGAGCAUCCAUGGAGAUGUUCAUGAUCAAAACAGGCUUCUAUGACAAAGUGACUGUUUUGGAGUCCGAGAAGCAGGCUUGGGAGGGUUCUCCUGAAGCUCAAGCUAUUCGAGAUGCUCUUAAUCCUUGGAGAAAUCAUGAUGUAGAAGCGAGAAAAAAUUCCUAGACUUCUGGUAUUGCAGGAAGUUCUCUUUUCCUGAAGAUCACCGAGAACAAAGGUGGAUAGCGCGGUUUACAUAAUGCAUUGGAGCGUAUCAUAGUUGGGCGUUUCUGAUGUUGUUUGCUGUUUUUUUUGAAUCUGUGUUACUAUGGAUCUUCGAGUAAUUUUGUAUGCAUUUACUUUUUUGGGGUGUAUUAAAUUUAUAGCAGUCGCAAAGAGUUUCUGGAUUCUGAUUA